AUGAAGGUGUGCGUUGAUGUACAUCUCAAAGGGGGCCUCGUUACACCUACAGCUGGGUCGCAAGUCCUAGGAACUGCUCUGAGCUUCUUCCUCUGCCACCCGAUGGACCCGGCACCCGCACGGAUCAAGUUGAGCGAUGAUGAUGGCAAAGGAAGUUUGGUGUUUGUUUUCGACACAACGGGAUCUAUGUUUAACGAUUUGAGGCAGCUCAGAGAAGGCGCUGAGAUGAUUUUGAAGACUGCGCUCGAAGACAGCAAUGUUAUUGCUAAUUUUGUUUUCGUGCCUUUUCAUGACCCUGCUGUUGGACCGGCAACAGUAACAAAAGACAAGCAAGUGUUCAAAUCAGCACUAAAUAUAGUUCGCGUUUAUGGAGGUGGUGAUUGUCCCGAAAAGUCACUAACAGGCAUACUGAUGGCCUUAAAAGUCAGUAAACCUCGGUCCUUCAUAUAUGUAUUCACUGAUGCUACGGCUUCCGAUCAUAAGUUGGUAGGAUCGGUGCUAGACUCUAUUCAGAAGAUGCAGAGUCAGGUGGUUUUUGUACUGACUGGACAUUGUAACGACUUGGACAAACCCUCGUAUAAGGUGUACCAACAGAUAGCUGCUGCUAGCUCCGGACAAGUGUUUAAUUUGAAUAAAUCUAGUGUUUAUAAGGUUUUAGAAUUUGUUCGGUCCUCUAUUAAGGGAAGGACUGUUAACUUGGGAUCAGCCUUCAAUCCUGCAGGAUAUAAUUAUACUCAGAAGAUCCCAGUAGAUAAGUCAGUAGGUGAAGUUACGGUGUCGGUCUCCGGUUCGAAACCUCAGAUUAAAGUGGUCAACCCAAGCGGCAAAGAACUCACUGGCCCACCACAAUUAGUCACUACUUUGGAUUUGUCAGAAAUUAUGAUAGUGAGAGUCUUGGAACCUGAGCCAGGAAACUGGAGUAUUAUAGUGGGAAGUGAGGAAGAACAUUCGGUGAAAGUGGUUGGAUUGUCCAAUCUCACUUUCCAACACGGAUUCUCGUUGAAACCACCUAACUCCUUGGAAGAAACCACCUAUCGACCCUUACAAGAUGCGUACAACCACAUGAUGAUAUCUCUGAGUGAAACCAAUAUUUCCCUUCAAUUGGAACGUGUUCAACUCCUCGGUUUAGACGGAAAAAAUAUAUUUGAAGUGCCAUUGAAGAAAAUUGAUAAAAAAACAUAUGUCGCAGAUGCUUUUGUACCACCGAAUGACUUUUUUAAUAUUGCUAUCAUCGGACACGAUGAAUUCGGACAAGAAUUGCGAAGAGUUGGGCCCACAGCCGUCCAAGUGAAAAGACCAGAUGUCCCAGAAUUAACAGUGCCGCAGAGGAUAAUGGCGUGUACACAUGAGCGUGUGAGACUGUUAUGUCACUCUCGUAGCGCCGUGCCUCAAGAAGUUGCCUGGAACUUCGGUUCACUUCGCCUUAUGAAGCCUGAGAACGCUUUAGAGACUGCCACUGUGGAGUACGUGAUCAAAGACAUGAGUGAAGGUAACGUUGGAGUUUAUCACUGCGUAGCGACGAACGUCGCUGGACAGAGUAGAGCGAGCACUGUCGUUGAUUUGAUAGUUGAUCCACCACGUGUCAACAUAUCGACGGCAAACACGACUAUAUCUGAACACGGACACUUGGCGAUAGCCUGCACAAUAUUCAGUGAAGCUCUUUUACAACGUACUCAGCUCGUGUUCAACGGGACGUUUUGGAAUUAUUCGGUGGAUAUGAGGUUCGAGCCAUCGAUGGACGGUUACUACAAGUUUAGGAAAAUUAUACCAAAUGUGACUGAAAAAAACUCCGGUUUAUACACAUGUGUCGCUGCUAAUAGAGCUGGUUACGCGAACGAUUCAAUGCAAGUAACGGUUCAAGUAGAACCCACAGCACAAAUAUUAGGACCCCACACGAUCUCUAAGAGUGAACAUUCGGACGUACAAUUAGUUUGUCACGUUGAGAACGCCCUCCAAAUACAAUGGUUACAUAAUAAUAAAACCAUAUACGACAGUAAACAAAUUGAUAAGAAUUAUAACGCAGUACUGGAUGUUAAGAAUGUAACCGAUGAUGGUAUUUGGACUUGUAAAGCUAUCCGAGAUUCUUAUAAUGCAUUCGAUACAAUCGAACUUAUAGUAUUAAAAAAACCUCAAGUAGUCAUCGAAGGUGUGAAAAAUAUAACAGUUUUGAACGGAACCACACACGAGCUUCUCUGUACAAUAGUUGCAAAGCCAAAACCACGUAUUUUGUGGCACAUGGAGACGGAGAGAUUCCUGCCCAAUGUGAUAACGAACCCUGAACCGAACGUGUAUAAGAGUGUCCUCACACUGGAUAGUCAAAAGGAACCAAUAAACGGAACGUAUUUUUGUUUUGGGGAAAACGCUGAAGGCAUCGACCAAGAUAGCGCUACUAUAAAUGUUAGGAGAAAGAUGGUCUUGAUUCAAGGCUUUACAGAUAUAUCGACAGAACUAUUUGCCCAAAUUGACUUAAUUUGUAACAUUGACUCCUACCCCCCUCCCAAUAUCACAUGGUACCACAACGACACUCGUAUCCAAACUAACGACAAUGUUGAUGUGUCUGGAAACAACACUGUUGUCAAAAUACAUAAGGUUAAUUUCGAUGACUUGGGUCUCUAUAUUUGUAAAGCUGAUAAUGGCUUUGAAAACAUGACGGUCAGUGGAACUUUGAGAGUGCAUGGAUUAGAAAAACCUGUGAUAAUAAAGAAAAUAAAUAAGAUAGUAACGCAGAAGGGAAAAACAGCAGAAAUCACAUGUAGAAUACAAAAAGGCAAACCUAAACCAAGUAUAUCUUGGUAUUACAAACAUAAUUCCACAGAAUACUCCGUUUUGCCUGAUGGAGUGACGAUAAAAGAUGAAAAUAUCGUAAUAGUAAAGACAAAGAAAAGUCACUCAGGUAUAUACAGAUGUACUGCAGAAAAUAUCCUGGGAGCUGAUAUGAAUGACGUUGAAUUGAUUGUUCAAUAUCCGCCUGAAUUUAAUGUAUCACAAGAGUCUCAUUUAGAAGGUCCAAUAGAAAUGAAAUCUGGGGUUGAAAUAAAGUUAAGUUGCAACGUUUCGGGGAUUCCCCCUCCAAUCGUGACUUGGACAAAAGACGGAUAUCCGGUUACGUAUUCUACUCAUGUAUAUUUAUCAAACGACAGUGUUUUAGUGAUAGCUAAUGCUACAGCAUUUGACAGUGGCGUGUUCAAAUGUAAUGCGAGCAGCGCUUUGGGCUUUGUUACUAAAGAAUUUAACGUUGCUGUUUAUCAGCCGCCACAGAUCACGGUCCCUCAAGAUCGAGAGGUGUCAGUGCGUGAAGGUGAGAUGGUGGUCCUCCACUGUGACGCGGACGGAGCCCCAUCGCCACAUCUGGCCUGGCUGAAAGACGGACACCUGGUUACUAGUCCGAGGCUCUAUGUUGAUGAGUACGGUUUGAGAUUCGUGGCAAAUGUAACGGACUUUGGGGAAUACACCUGCCUCGCGAGCAAUCAGUAUGGAAACUCUUCACUCAACUACACUGUUUAUGUUUGGGUUCCACCACACAUAGAGCCACCAUUAGAAGCAGUCCAAGACGUGGUCACGGGAUCUAAUGUUCAUCUAGAGUGCGACGCGGUCGGCUUCCCACUGCCGGUCAUAUUGUGGGAGUAUCAAGGUGAACUUUUGAGUGAAAACACGACGGAUUUGAGUUUCGAUGAAGUUGGUAAUCUAUACAUAAGCAAUGUUAGCUCGAAGUACGAAGGUUUGUUCGCGUGUGUUGCUGAGAACAUCGCUGGUGAUGCGAGGAAGAAUUUCAUCGUUAAUGUAAUUGAAAAGCCAAAAAUCCUCGAUGAUAACUACACAAGUCCAUACCUGGCGUCUGACCUCGACUCAUCUCUGAGCAUUUCUUGCCGCGCCACAGGGAGACCUCGCCCUUUCAUCGCUUGGAUUAAGGAUGGAUAUUACUUGGACAAAGACAGUAGAUAUGACAUAGAGGUGGAUGGUACACUGACCAUCAAAAGUCCGACACAAGACUUAAGCGGCGAGUACACGUGUGUGGCUACUAACAGUGCGGGAAACGAUACCAGGAACAUGAGCGUCGAAGUGUACUCACUACCAACAUUAGUGCAAGAGGAAAAGGCUACGAGUGUAGCAACAGCGGUGGAAGGGAGUGAAAUGGAAUUGCAAUGUCCUGUGAUGCACGCAGACACUGUCAAAUGGUAUAAGGACGCAUCGCUUAUAUCUACUGGAGCUCUAAAGUUCCCCAACGUAUCUCGCUCGGAUGAAGCUGAAUAUACAUGUGUGGCUACUAACCUCGUGGGCUCUGCUCUAGCACGAGUCGCGUUACAAGUACAAUGGCCACCCGUACUAGGUUCUCCAGGGGAUGAAGAUCUAGAAGUUCUACAAGGGGUGGACCACUACUUCCACUGUGAAACAGAUGCAAAGCCACGGGCUAAAACAAAGUGGCUGUUCAAUUCAAAACCCAUUUUUGGUGAAGAUAAGGAGGUUUUGAGGUGGCUUAAUGUUCGGUUGCGGCACACUGGAGUGUAUGAAUGUGUUGCCAGGAACGAACACGGGACGGUUCGUAAACGAUUCAGCUUCGAUGUCCUGGAACCACCGUUUAUAUCGGAGUUUGAUUUACUAGACGUUCAGCUUAAAUCCGGAUUAAAUGCGACAUUGGAAUGCGUGGCUAAAGGAUCUCCUAAACCAAUGAUAGAGUGGUCAUUUAACAACACAAAAUGGUCUGUCGUAAAUACAACGAUAACAACCAACAAUGUGACACAACAAUCCGAAGGACUGUUCCGUUGUAACGCGAAGAACAAAGCGGGUAUCGCACAUCUCGUGUACAAUAUCGUUGUAGUUGCCAGUGCGACUGUUGAUAGUAUUGUGAUGUAUUUUAAUGGAGAAGGGACUCGUGUGGGAGACAGGGUGGAACUUACACUCGGCUCAAGAGUUAGAAUAGCUUGUAAAGCAGUUGGUAGUCCGUCACCUAUAGUCCAAUGGUUCAGAUAUGGCAACACCGUCAGUCAAAACAGUGAGGGUAUUAACUACGCCGACUUAAUGUUUGAUCGUGUUACCAUAUCUGACAAUGGGGAUUAUACCUGUAUAGCGUCUAAUGAAGUAGGUAUUCAAGAAAAGAAAAUAAAAGUACAGGUUUUGGAACCACCAAGAAUCUUCCAAACGCUCGUCCAAAAUGCAAAUCAUUCGCAGACCGAAAUAGAUCUAAAAGUUAUAAUAGGGCAAGCGUUCUACAUGCACUGCCACCCUUACGGCAACCCACUACCAGAAAUAUACUGGUUCAAAAACGGCUUUCCGCUGAGGUUUUAUGACGAUACGAUGGUGUCUUCUGAUUUUGGUGAAAUUAUUAUUUCCAAAAGUGCAAAAGAAGAGCAGUCGGCGAAUUACACUUGUGUCGCUAGAAAUAAAGUCGGUGAAGCCAGUGUUGUGUAUUUGGUUGAUGUUUUGGUCCCUCCACCCAUACAUAAAGACAAUAUAAAACACGCAAGCGUGCUUAUAAAUAAUACGCUAAACUUGACGUGUCCUGCGGAGGGCCGCCCGAUGCCCUUCGUUAUGUGGUUCAAACAUCCCUUCACAGAGGUCAUAGAGACACCGAGAGUCAAAUUGUUGGAUGACAAUUAUACAUUGAUAAUCACAGAAACAAAAGUCUCAGAUAGCGGUAAGUAUUCCUGUACGAUGACAAACAAAGUUGGAGCUACGGAACUUAUAUACGAUGUGGUAAUCUUAAAACCACCAACAAUUAUUGGUAAUAAGGGAAAUAACACUCAGGAAGAACACGUGGUUGACUUGAGAAAGAGCGUCGUAUUGAAGUGUGAAGUGGAUGGAAAUCCUAUGCCGAAUGUAACUUGGUACAAAGACGUGCAGCGUCUAAGUGAUAAUGAGCCAGCCGUUCAGAAUGUACGCGGCGGCAGCCUGUUAGUACUAUGGGGCGCUCGUGAGCGAGACGCCGGGCCCUACGUGUGCGUUGCUGAGAGUAGCGCCGGUACUGCGCAGUAUAGACACCUGCUUAGAGUCAGAGUGCCGGGUAAGUGGAGCCCAUGGUCUCAGUGGGGCUACUGCAACGUAACUUGCGGUCUUGGAUAUCAGCGCCGCUCACGUCGUUGUCAGUACAUUGACGACAAUGACAACAUUAUUGAUAAACUCAGCCAACCGGAUAAAAUUAUGUUGGACGAAUCAUCGUGUAAAGGAAGUACUGAGGAUAGACGGAAAUGUCACAUGCCGGCGUGUGAGGAGGAGGCGGCCCCGGGCCGGUGGUCGAGCUGGUCCCGCUGGGGCCGCUGCUCCGCCAGCUGCGGCGCCGGCACCCAGGCGCGCACGCGGCGCUGCCUCGCCGCCUCGCCUUGUGUUGGCGACAACGUGCAGAUCAGAAAGUGUCCCGGUCUACCUAAGUGUAGGAUGAAUCGAGAAAAAGCUGAUAACAAACAAAAGAACGAGGAUGAUGCAUACGUGGAUUCAGAUUACCUGCCAGAAGCUACAUUUGAAAUGGAUUCAGAUCCUCUCGAAACACCACAACCUGAAGGUUACGACGAUUACUUUAUCCCUCCAGGAUCACCACAAAAAUUGUACUAUGACGUCAAUGUAACAGAGAACUUGGAUCAAAGCGAGCAAGGUCCUUGCGAACCAGGACACAGGUAUAUUGCCGAAAAUGACUCGUGCGAAGACAUCGACGAGUGUCUUUUGGAGACAAACGCGUGUCACUUGACACAAGUGUGCCGCAACACUGCACACGGGUACCGCUGCUCGUGUCCGAGCGGGUACUACUCGCUGGGAGUGGGACAGCGCUGCUUAGACGAGAACGAGUGCACGCUGGGGCGGCACGCGUGCGAGUUCGCGUGCGUGAACGCGGCGGGCGGCUACGUGUGCGCGUGUCCGCCGCACCUGCGUCUGCACAGCGACAGGCACCACUGCGUACCGCCAUCGUCGUCUUAUAGAAAACCAUAUGUUUAUGAAGAUGAUAAAAACGAAGAUUACAUCAGUACUUCGGUCGAGUAUCUAGCCCGGAAGAGAAGACAUUAACUAAUUUCUAUACUUCAUAAUAAACGGUAGUAAAAAAUAGCGUAGAAAUUUUUAUGUUUGUAAAAUAGUACAUUUAUUAAUAAAAAUAAUUUUAUAUUGCAAA